UGUAGCCGCGCUCAGCGGUCUUGGACCCGACUGCUGAGACCUUCCCUGAUCCUUUCUCUGCUUCCGACGUCGCCGAAGCACCGAGAUCUGCGCUCUGCACUCCUGCUCGUCGCUUAGGGACGCUGCUCCUCUCACAUGGAAGUCAAGCUUUCAUUCCGCAUUGAAGCCUCGAUGCGCUCUCGAUACAAGCUUCUGGCCUCGGCUUGUAUCGUGUAUCAUGUGUGUGUGGUCUUAUGCUUGGAGCUGUCGAUGACCUACCACGCGGACCACAAUGGCCGAAAGGGACGCUACACGGCUCCCUUGAUGAUAGGCUCGAGUACCUAUGACUUGCUCAUCGACACCGGCUCCUCCUUCGCCGUCGUCGGCCUGGUCAAAGCCUUCCCAUACAUCAGAUCGCCAACAACGCGCAACAGCUCGACCGCAGUGUACAUUCAAUAUGCAAUUGGACCCCGAGUCAAAGGCUGGUUGGUCAAAGAUCGCAUACACGGUGCCGGCAUCAAGAAGCCUUUCAAAUCCUACAUAGUGGCAAUUGAUGCGCCGCAAUCCUAUUUUGACUUACUUCUGCCUGCCACUGGCGUGCUGGGCUUGGAGAACACACCAGCGGUGCGCGCAUGGAUACAGGAGCAUAGCGAGCAAGCGCCAGCUGAUGUAGUAUGUCUUGCCGGCGACGCACUCGAUCAAGGUAGUGUCACUGCUGCCUUUGCAACUAUCGCGCUUGAAAGCGGUCAAUUCAUCAUCGGACCUCCGGCAUAUCGUCUCGCGCAAAGCUUCCCAACGUGGCAGCCCAGUCACAACGCUGACGAUCCAGGCUCAUGGCGAGCGCAAUUGCUCUUGCCAGAGCUCGAUAUGGAUCUACCCGGUCUCGUCGAUACUGGCGCUUACUUUACCUUUCUUCCCGAUCCUGCCAUCGACCUGUACAUCUCUCGAAAUCCUGGAGUCAUUGAUAGUCCGACGGGGAGAGCCAUCAUCUUUCCACGGGGCACAAAGCCUAAGCCGCUCAGCAUCUAUAUCGACCUCGUUCCAUGCAAGCUGUCUGUGGAAUUCAUUCGAGCCAGAACGCGUUGGACACAUGUCAUCUUUGGCAGCUCGCUAUUGCGCAAAUUCGUCGUCUUCUUUGACUAUACCAAUGACAAGAUCGGUUUCGCGGCGCCGCGUCUGUCGAGUAGCUACUAA